GCCCGGCGCGCGCGCGCGCGCACGGCCACCUGCCGCGCAACGGCGCAAACCGAGCCUAAGCCACCAGUCCACCACCGAUGGACGCCACCGCGUCGACAUGCCGCCUCCUCCUCCUCCCCUCCGCCGCCUGCUCGACGCCGCCUCCCAGAAGGCAGCAAUCCUUCUUCCUGAUCCCCUCGUCGACGCCUCCCCUAGUCCGGCGGCGCCACUCGGCCAACCGGGCGAGGCUGCUCUGCCUCCUCCAUGACGCGCCUGCGCCCGCCGCCGCCGCCGACGACGAGAGCUCGCCGCUGUGGAAGCUGGCCGCAGCGCUGCAGUGCGGCGCCAUCUGGGCAGCGGUUGAGGCCCCGGCGGCGCUGGCGACCGUGACGGGCGAGGAGGACCUCGACAUCCUGGGAAUCCUGCCGACGGUGGCCGCCAUCGCCUUCGUUUACCUGUUCGUUUUUCCGCCGAUUAUCAUGAACUGGAUGAGGCUGAGAUGGUUCAAGCGCAAAUUCGUCGAGACGUACCUGCAGUUCAUGUUCACCUAUCUCUUCUUCCCCGGGAUGAUGUUGUGGGCACCAUUCGUCAACUUCAGGAAGUUCCCAAGGGACCCAACCAUGAAGUACCCUUGGUCCAAGCCAAAGGAAGGCACACCGUUGUUCAAGGACAGAUACCCACCAAUCGAAACCUACAAGUGAUCUCAGAGUGUAUAUACUACACCGUAUUCUUGUCCAAGAAAAAUAGCAUUUCUUUGCAUGGAUCUGUAAGAUAUUGUGCCACAUUAAUCUUCUUGGAUGUAUCGAGCAAAGUAAGAUCUCACAUGAAAGAAAGGGAAAUGAUAUAUAAUAAUGCAUAUUAUUGUAUAGUAUUCCCCAAGCAUCCAAGCAUAUGGAUCUUGUGCUUGAGAAAAAGAUUGCUGGUGAAGUUGCAGAUGUUGACAAAA